UGACGCUGGCUUUGGCGACCGCCGCGCAUGCGCACUGGCGCCCCUCUCCGCCUCUGCCUGGCGACCAGCGGCCAACACAACUUGGCACGGGCGAGCCCACCAAAUUACGCUUCAAUUUCAAAAUAAAAUAUAAUAAGAAAAGAAUACGGCGCUCGGGGAGAGCGGGCGCGAUGGCCGCCAUCUACGGGAAGAUAUUUGUGGGCAUCUACGUGGAGAUAAAACGGAGUGACGGACGAAUACACCAGGCGAUGGUCACGUCGCUGCACGAGGACAACGACAGUGUGACGGUGGAGUGGAUCGAGAACGGCGACACCAAAGGAAAAGAGAUCGACCUGGAGAGCGUCUUCGCCCUGAACCCGGAUCUGGCUCCCGAGGAGGAAGUAGCCCCGAGUCCCGAGACUCCUCUUCCUCCUUCCAACGCAGCCAAGACCAGCAAAGUACCCAAGACCCGACGAGUUACCGCCAUACCCAAACCUGAGAACCCCCCGCGGGAGAACAGAGCCGCGGCAGUGGGAACCACCCGGGCCCGUCCGAGCCAGCACAGCCAGCCCGCCGAGCCCCCUCCCCCGUCCAUCACCACCCAGCCCGCAGCAGCCAACCAAUCACUGAUCCAGCAGCAGAAUGCGCGAAGGAAGUCCAACUGCGUGAAGGAAGUGGAGAAGCUGCAGGAGAAGCGAGAGAAGCGCCGACUUCAACAACAGGAGCUCAGAGAAAAACGAGCGCAGGAAGUGGACGUCAACUUGCCAAACUACGAGAUCAUGUGCAUGAUCCGAGACUUCCGGGCCAGUCUGGACUACCGGCCUUUGACUUCCAAUGACCUGAUUGAGGAACAUCGGAUAUGCGUGUGCGUGCGUGCGCGGCCCCUCAACAAAAAAGAGCUGUCCGUCAAGGAUCUGGACGUGAUCACCAUUCCCAGCAAAGACGUGGUGAUGGUCCACGAGCCCAAGCAGAAGGUGGACCUGACGCGCUACCUGGAGAACCAGACCUUCCGUUUCGACUACGCCUUCGACGAGAACUCCACCAAUGAGAUGGUCUACAGGUUCACCGCUCAGCCGCUGGUCGAGACCAUUUUCGAGCGGGGAAUGGCCACCUGCUUCGCGUACGGGCAGACAGGAAGUGGAAAAACGCACACCAUGGGAGGGGACUUCUCGGGGAAGAACCAGGACUGCUCCAAAGGCAUCUACGCACUGUCCGCCAGAGACGUCUUUCUCAUGCUGAAGAAGCCGAUCUACAAGAAGCUGGACCUCCAAGUCUUUGCCACGUUUUUUGAGAUCUACAGCGGGAAGGUGUUCGACCUGCUGAACCGCAAAGCCAAGCUGCGUGUGCUGGAGGACGGCAAGCAGCAGGUGCAGGUGGUGGGGCUGCAGGAGCGGGAGGUGAAAGGCACGGAAGACGUCCUCAAACUGAUCGAAGUGGGAAACAGCUGCAGGACGUCCGGUCAGACCUCGGCCAACGCCCACUCCUCGCGCAGCCACGCCGUCUUCCAGAUCAUCCUGCGGCGGCGGGGCAAGAUGCACGGGAAGUUCUCCCUCAUCGACCUGGCGGGCAACGAGCGGGGCGCCGACACGUCCAGCGCCGACCGCCAGACGCGGCUGGAAGGCGCCGAGAUCAACAAGAGCCUGCUGGCCCUCAAGGAGUGCAUCCGAGCUCUGGGUCGGAACAAACCUCACACUCCCUUCCGGGCCAGCAAGUUGACUCAGGUGCUGAGGGAUUCGUUCAUCGGAGAGAACUCUCGGACCUGCAUGAUCGCCACCAUCUCUCCCGGAAUGGCGUCCUGCGAAAACACCUUGAACACGCUCCGAUACGCCAACAGAGUGAAGGAGUUCGGGAUCAGUCCCUCGGACAUUCCCUUCUCGCAGAGCGCUCGCUCCGACCUUUCUCCGACUUACGAGGUGAAAGAGCUGUCGGUGGAGCCGGCGGCCACCACGGACCCUCUCGCGGGCGGACACGCCAACCAGCUGGACGUCCUGGAGGCCCAGUGGGGCGUGGGCAGCUCCCCGCAGAGAGACGACCUCAAGCUGCUGUGUGAACAGAACGAGGAGGAGGUCUCCCCGCAGCUCUUCACCUUCCAUGAGGCGGUGUCGCAGCUGGUGGAGAUGGAGGAGCAGGUUCUGGAGGACCACAGGGCUGUCUUCCAGGAGUCCAUCCGCUGCCUGGAGGACGAGAAGGUGCUGCUGGAGAUGACAGAGGAGGUGGACUACGACGUGGAGUCGUACGCCACGCAGCUGGAGCAAAUCCUGGAGCAGAAGAUCGACAUCCUCACCGAGCUGAGAGAUAAAGUCAAGUCCUUCCGAUGUGCGCUGCAGGAGGAGGAGCAAGCGAGCCAACAAAUCACACCCAAGAGGCCUCGUGCACUUUAGACACACACAUUGAAAUAUCCAAAAGGGAGGCAGCAGCUCGUCUUUUUUGUGUGUCAUCUCUGCUCAACACACUUAAUCAGCAUCAUCAUCAUCAUCAUCAUCACCCACCUGCAGACCCUCCUUUGUAUUCCAGUCUUUCCACAGUUGGUACAUAUCUUUUUUUUUUUUUUUACAUUUAUUAUUUAUUUUUGCUAGCCAACGAGGCUUUGCACUUAGGCGACUAUGUGACAUUUGAGGCUGACUGAUAUUGAAGCUUGUUCACUGCAUAUUUAGUAUUCGACCGGUUUGGGUUGGUUUUAUUGCCGCGAACUGUGAAACUGCACCGCGUUGAACGCAAUAAAGGCCCCGGUUAUCAUUUUUAAAAAAUGACAUAAAAGUGUUAUUUGAAAGAAAUUUGUUUUCCAAAAUAAAGUUCUUAGCUGUCCUUAAAAAUGAUGUGACUAUUUGAUUGAAAAUAUGUGACAAUUUGAUUGUCCAAAGGCCACAAUUAGUCAUAAAAAUUACAUGAAACUUUAAUUUAAAAAAACUAAACAUUAAUUAUCCUUAAAAAUGAAACAAGAAUUUCAUUUUUCAAAUAUUUCUUUUCCAAAAAAGACCCCAAUUAUUUUUAAAAAUUACAUUACAUUUGGAUUUGAAAAUAAUGUAAAAUUUGCUUCUCUAAAAUAAAUGCCUCAAUCUUCAAAAUUAAAUGAAAGACUAUUUCAAAAAAAUAUAUAUAUGAAAACCAAAAAAUUUUAAUCUCAAUAAAAUUUUAAUUUAAUUUAAAAACUAUUUUUCCAAAUAAAGACCCCAAUUAUCCUUAAAAAUUACAUUUGGAUUUGAAAAUAAAAUUGUCCAAAAUAAAGGCCAAAAUCAUCUUUAAGAAUGAUUUUUAAUGUAAAUGUAAUUCAAAAACAUGAAAAUUAGAAUAUAUUAAAAAUAAAGGCCUAAACUGUACUUAAAAAUGCAACUGACAUGUUAUUUGAAAACACAAAAUUUCACAAUUAUCCUUAAAUGACAUGUUUGAAUUUUUUUCCCCCAAAAAUAAAUCCCAACAUUUUUCCUUAAAAUUUACACUGAAUUUGGAUCGCAAGAAUUGUGAAUUUCCAAAAGACCUCAAUCAUCCUUAAGGGCGACGUGAAAAGUUAACUUAAAAAAUUACGUUCCAUAAUAAAAGCCUUCAAUAUCCUUAUAAAUGACAUAAUUUGAUAAAAAAAAAAAAUAAAAGUGACUGAAAUGGGAAACGGAUUUUAUCCAGUAUAUCACAAAAAAAUAUUGUCCCCUCCGUAUUUAGUGAAGGAGCGGUAUUAAAUGUGAUCUUAAAAAGUGUUAAUAUUCAGCGUGUUUUUCGCCGAGCUGAGCCAAGUCGGUACAAUGUGCAGUUGAAAAGGGGUCUUCGUUUGUUUACACUACACUUUAUGUGUAUAAAGGUUUUCUAGCAUCUUUUAUAAGAAGUGUGUGUGGGAGGGACGUAAAAAAAACAAAACCCAAAAACAAUGAAGAAGAGCCACUGUGUUUGCAUUGAUUCUGUCCUUCAUCGAGCCGGUGAUGAGCUGUAAGCUCGCACUGCAUCAAAGGGCCUGUCGGGGUCGCUGUAAUCAAACGUUCACGCUCAAAACUGAGUUUCAUUUACUGUAAUAAUAGUCAUAAUAAUAAAAAGCUACUUCCUGUG